AUGGGUGAUUUACAGAUUGUGGACAAGAGUUUACGCUCUGUUUUUGUCGGUAACAUUCCGUAUGAGGCGACGGAGGAGAAGUUGAAGGAGAUUUUCGGGCAAAUCGGCCAAGUUUUAUCCUUCAAAUUAGUUUACGACAGAGAAACAGGCAAGCCGAAAGGAUAUGGAUUUUGCGAAUACCCCGAUCAAGCAACUGCCUUGUCCGCGAUGCGAAAUUUGAACGGAUUUGAAAUUGGUGGCAGAACACUGCGAGUUGACAAUGCGUGCACGGAAAAGUCACAACUUGAAUUGCAAAGU